AUGGGGUGGUUUCACAUGAGCUUCGAUCGGUUAUCUCCGCUCCGAGUUGACUCGGCCUCGGACACAGUGACAGCGGACAAUUUCCUCCGUCUUUCCAUCCCUUCAGUCGUUCAUUCUCUGUACAUUUUAUUCCUAGACAUUCUCUUUUAUCGCCAUCUAUUCUCUUUUCCUUCCGAAUUCCUCAAUGAGACUCCGCCCAACCCCCUCGCACGAUCCACGCGCGCCUGGAACAGCGCGCCUGACAUCCUCCCCCGGCACCGCUUCCUCUCCACUACGCCAUGCCACUCCAGCCGUCCGCGCGCGCGACUAGACAUCCCUCCACCCUUUCCCGUGACCAAGGCCUGUCCCGAAUCCACCUGCGACUGUCCCGCCACACCGUCCAUGCCCGAGGGGCUCCCGAUCGACCAUGACCACCCUUUGAACGGCACGAUGGUUGCCUAUGCGCAGCAGCUGUUGGUGUGUACAGGACAGCGAGAUUGGAAGAGUCGCAUUGAGAAUGACGGUCAUAAUACGAGCUGGGGCGGCCUGGUGCGCGGAUUGAAGCAACUGCUCGGUCGGCGGGGUCCGUAUCUCGACCCCUUCAAUAAUGUCCUAGUUUCUAAUUCCUGUAUCGCGCCCGCUGAUGCGGCUUCUACUUCUACGGCAUCUGCAUUCCUCUUCCCCGCGUUCAAAUACAUCCCCUCGAUCCCCGUGAAUAUCGCACCCGAUCACUCUCCAGACCUGACGACCUUUGUGCGCGCAUUCCUUCUACCCUCACACCUCCACGACAUGCACUCUUCCCUCUCCUCGAGCAAGCGCGCCGAAAUGACCCGCUCUCCCGAGUUGGCCUCCCAGUUCCCAGGCAUCGUGGACAUCGAUUACUCGCCCACCAUCCUCAUCUGCGGCCACGGAGGCCGCGACAUGCGCUGCGGCAUGAUGGCGCCUGUUUUAGAAACGGAGUUCCAGCGCGUGCUGCAAGCGCGAGGGUUUACAUCGGCUGAUAAUACUGGGACGAUUGUGGACGAUCCGCGCCACGCGCAUCUGGGACUGAUUAGCCAUGUUGGCGGGCACAAGUAUGCGGGCAAUGUCAUUCUGUAUAUUCCGCCCAAGAUGAGGAUGGGCGAGGAAGUGCACCCGCUGGCCGGGAAGGGGAUCUGGUAUGGCCGGGUUGAGCCUAAGCAUGUGCAGGGCGUGGUGGAUGAGACUCUGCUCGGGGGCCGGCGGUGUGCGACACGCCCGGUGUCCCUCCGGCGGACCUCCUCUAACCUCCCUCAUACCGCGAUCCGCCUCGCGACGACCUACCCAAAACUCGACUUGCCGGCGCUGGAUAAGAAAUGGCAAACCAGAUGGGAAGAGGAGCGGCGGCAGAACUGGGCAGCGCAGGGAAACAACCCACCCUCUGCCAAACCGCAAUCCUACAUCCUCUCCAUGUUCCCUUAUCCCUCCGGCACGCUGCACAUGGGCCACCUCCGCGUUUACACCAUCUCGGAUGUCAUAUCUCGGUUCUACAGGAUGCGCGGACACGAGGUCCUCCAUCCCAUGGGCUGGGAUGCGUUUGGUCUGCCAGCAGAAAACGCGGCCAUCGAGCGAGGCGUUGAUCCGGCGGAGUGGACGGAGCAGAAUAUUGCGAAGAUGAAGGCGCAAUUGCGGAGUAUUUCCGCUUCCUUUGAUUGGGACCGGGAAUUGGCAACCUGCGCACCGGAAUUCUAUGAGCACACGCAACGGAUCUUCCUCAUGCUGUACGAACAGGGACUGGCGUACCAGGCGGAGGCAUUAGUCAACUAUGAUCCUGUGGACAAGACGGUGUUGGCGAAUGAGCAGGUGGAUGCGAAUGGGUUCUCAUGGCGGUCUGGUGCGAAGGUCGAGAAGUUGAAUUUGAAGCAGUGGUUCUUUCGCAUUACCGACUUUAAGGAGAUGCUCCUGAGGGAUCUUGAUUCGUUGACUGGUGGAUGGCCAGAACAUGUGUUGUCGAUGCAGCGGAAUUGGCUGGGCAAGUCGGCUGGUGCCCAAGUUCGGUUUCCUGUUCUUGCUGGGGAGGAGGAAGUCGAUGUGGACGUGUUCACCACGCGGCCGGACACCUUGCAUGGAGUUGAAUAUCUGGCUCUGUCGUUGACUCAUCCCCUUGUCUUGAAGGCUGCCGAGAAGGAUGGUGAGCUGCGCAAGUUUCUGGAGGAGGCGUCAUCGUUUCCUCCGGACUCGAAGGCUGGCUACCGCUUGAUCGAUAUCGAGGCCUCGCAUCCGUUGCAAAAGAUCGACCCCGACAGCCCUCAUUUGGCGCGCCGGCUUUCCGUCUUCGUGGCACCCUACGUUCUCGGCGACUACGGUGGAGGCGCUGUGAUGGGUGUCCCGGGUCACGACACGCGAGACAUGAUGUUCUUCAAGGAGAAUGUGAACCCAGAGUCGAUCACUGUUGUCAUCGAGCCGGAGCCAUCAGAAGCGAAAGACACGACUGUGCCCGCUCGAGACGCGAAAGCUUUUACUCAUAAGGGGUUCCUCACGUCUCGUUGUGGGAAAUAUCAAGGCAUGCGCUCGAAAGAAGCCGCGGACCAGAUCGUCACCGAUCUCAAGCAAGUCGGACAGGCUGAUUUCGUUGAGAGUUGGCGGUUACGGGACUGGUUGAUCAGUCGUCAGCGCUACUGGGGUGCCCCGAUCCCCAUAAUUCACUGUGGUGAUUGUGGUGCCGUGCCGGUGCCAGCGGAAGACCUUCCAGUGAAGCUCCCGAAAAUUCAAGGAGAUUGGCUAAAGGGCAAGAAAGGCAACCCGCUCGAGUCAUCCGAAGAGUGGCUUCAUACCAACUGUCCAAGCUGCGGAGGGCCCGCGCGGCGUGAUACAGAUACCAUGGACACCUUUGUGGACUCAUCUUGGUAUUACCUGCGCUUCUUGGAUGCGGCGAACAAGGAAGCCCCCUUCUCACCCUCUGUGGCGUGCCCGGUAGAUAUCUAUAUUGGAGGCGUCGAACAUGCCAUCCUGCAUCUGCUCUACGCCCGAUUCAUUUACAAGUUCCUUGCUCAGUCUGAACUUUUCCCGGCAUCCAGCGAAACCCCGGCAGAGCCAUUCAAGAUGCUGCUCUCUCAGGGAAUGGUCCACGGCAAAACUUUCUCAGAGCCCUCGACCGGCCGGUUCCUGCUUCCGUCUGAAGUGGACCUUACCAACCCGGACAAGCCUUUGAUCAGCGGCACUAAGGUGGCGCCCAACAUCUCAUUUGAGAAGAUGUCAAAGAGCAAACACAACGGGGUGGAUCCCACAGUGUGUGCGUUGAAGUACGGCGCCGAUGCAACUCGCGCGCAGAUCCUGUUUUCGGCUCCGGUCAGUGAAGUCCUCGAGUGGGAUGAAGCGAAGAUUGUUGGUGUCGAGCGCUGGUUCGGUCGACUUUCGAAACUUGUCUACGAUGCGGGUGAUGUGGUGAAGGAAUCGGGAUUAUCUCUAAAAAAAGGGUCUACUGCGCAUGCAGCUUUUCUCCCAUCGUCCCUACAGGAUCUGAGCGACGCAGACGCCGAUGCCAUCUUGGCCACCCACAACACAAUCUCAUCCGUGACAGCCUGUAUCGAAAAGAAUCCCUACGGGCUCAACACGGUCAUUUCGGACUUGACCAAGCUAACCAACACUCUCAUAUCCUCGCCCCCUUCUUCCCCCGCUAUCUUCUACCUAUCCGUCUCAUCCCUCCUACGCCUCUUAGCCCCAAUCGCACCCGCUCUCUCCUCCGAAUGCUGGGAAGUCCUGAACCUGAAGGAAUCUGAGACGAACCCAGUGCCAUCAAUCCACUCAUCCACCUGGCCCACUCCGCUCCUCACCUCUGAACAAGUGGAUAUUCUGUCCUCUCGCGGCGGCCAGACCGUCGCCGUCCAGAUAAACGGCAAGCUGCGCUGCGCGGUGACCAUUCCACGAAUGCAAUCGCCAACACCUUCUCCCAAGUCAAAGGGCAAAAACGCCCCGCCCUCGCAGGAGGAACAGGACUGGAUUGUGAAACAGGUCCUCGAAACCGAGGACGGACAGUUAUGGCUUCGCGAGAAGAAUGAUUGGGAGAAGCGCCGACGGGUGAUUGUUGUCCAGGGGGGCAAUUUGGUUAACGUGGUGUUCUAA